GCAGAUGCCGACCUGAGCAUGGGCGCAGGCGCAGCUGGGGGUUCGGUCCUCAGUUUGCCAGGAUCAGGGGUAGGUGGCGUGCUUUCGCAGCAUUGCGCGAUCUGCGGUGACCGCGCAACUGGGAAGCAUUAUGGCGCUGCAUCUUGCGACGGGUGCAAAGGCUUUUUCCGACGAUCGGUUAGAAAGAAUCAUCUCUACACCUGCAGCUGUACAAAAUGAAAGAGAUCGGAUAAGCUGUAGAAGACCAAGCUACGAAGAGCAGAGCAACAACGGAAGUGGACUUUCUGUCGUUUCUCUUCUUCAGGCGGAAAUGCUCAGCAGACAAGUUGGUGCUGCUCUUGAGCUAGGCAGUCCGAGCAGCGAUAUCGACCUGAGCACGAAACAGAUCGCCAAUAUAAAUGAUGUUUGCGACAGUAUGAAACAGCAACUUCUGAUCCUGGUCGAAUGGGCCAAGUAUAUACCCGCUUUCAGCGAAUUAACCCUUGAUGAUCAAGUGGCACUGCUUAGAGCACAUGCGGGUGAACAUCUUCUUCUAGGCGUUGCCAGGCGUAGCAUGCAACUGCAAGAUGUUCUUCUUCUUGGGAACAACUGUAUCAUAACGAAGAAUUGUCCUGAGGGACGUAAUCAGGAUCUGGACAUCAGCAAAGUUGGAAUCAGAGUGAUGGACGAACUGGUUAAGCCUUUGAACGAGGUGCAGAUAGAUGAUACAGAGUUUGCUUGCUUGAAGGCCAUCGUCUUUUUCGAUCCCAAUGCAAAAGGCCUGAGCGAACCACAACGGAUCAAGCAACUGCGUUACCAAAUUCAAAUCAACUUGGAGGAUUACAUAAGUGACCGGCAAUAUGACAGUCGUGGUCGAUUUGGCGAGAUUCUCCUGACACUACCAGCUCUACAGUCCAUCUCCUGGCAGAUGAUCGAACAAAUCCAGUUUGUCAGGCUAUUUGGAGUUGCACACAUUGACAAUUUACUGCAGGAGAUGCUCCUGGGUGGUGCAACUGGGGAGAUAAACGGUGUUACCACUCCAAUUCCAAUUUCAAAUGCCCCUGGUAGUUAUGUGAGCAGCAACGAGAGCCCUAGCAGCCCUUUGACACCAACCAACAUGGCUCCGUUAAGCCCUCAGGAUCAUAUGCUGACUGGUGGAAGUCCCGUUAUGAUUUUAAGAGAUCUUACUUCCAUUCAGAGUCAGGAAGACGUGACUAGUGUUACCGGAUUCAGAAUGUUCAAGCAGGAGCCCAGUCUUGAAAGUGAAUCAACUUUUUAACAAUGUCUAAUGACAUUGAAGUUGGAAAAUUCUGGUGCAUUUAUUAGCAGAAUGGGUAAUUACUGACGAAUAAACUCUAAAGUAUCUGUAGAAGAACAUAAAAUAUCAUGAAAGAAUGUUGAAAGGUUUUUAUGAUCUUUUAAGUGUCACGAAAAUCAGGAUCUUCCUUUGAUUUUCAGAUCUUCAAAUGAAAGACAAAUAUUGCGAAAGGAAGAACAAAGGAUAAUUAUACAAACGUCAAAUUAUUUCUAAUACACUUCAAAUACAUUUUUCAAAACCAAAAUUAAUACUGUAUACAGGAAUUCGUUAAUUUUUAAAAAUAAUUCUAAUCGAUUUUGUUUUUCUUUUUUUUUUUCGAAUACUUGCGAUAUUUGAACGAAUCAAAAGAAGAUGGUGCAUGAAAUGUAAGACUGUCUUCAAACUGUUUUUAAAGAUCUCGAAAGACACGAUAAGAUUUUUGGGAAAGUGUCGAAAUUCUUAGGAGAUCCCAAGAAUAAGAAUGAAUUUCUUAAAUCUCUAUCAAUUUUGCGACGUGAAACUCAGAUUUUUCUAACGAUCUCUGGUAAUCUUUUUGAACAAUUUUUAAAUGCUAGUGAUAAUCCCCACUAAAUAUACAAAUAUACAAACGAAACAUGUUUUUCUAUUCAUACGCUACGUUUAUAAAUAAAUUUGCUGUGUUUUAAAAUGGUGCAACUUAAUGUUUAAAAAGUUUUAUCGACCAUCACACGUUCAUAUUCAUUGUGCAAUCUUGUUUGUAAUUUGACGACAUUUUUCAAACUUAGGCUAAAGAACUAUCAGAAUUGAUAAUCAAAUUUCUGAUUAUUGAGUAAAAAAAAGUCGUGCUCAAUCAAUUGCUCAAUUAAUCAUUUUAAUCAUCUUAAUCGUAAGUCUCAAUCAAAAUUGGUUGGUAUUUAAUGGUAAAAUAUUUCUGUUACUAGAAACUUAAUCUAAAUACAUAAUGACAUUAAUUUACUUAUUGCAUAAUAUUUAAUAAUCAUAUUUUCUAAAUAACGAAAUUAAACAAAUGAUCUUCGACUUAAGGGGUACAUUUACUACUAAAAUAAAAAUAGAAAAAAGAUAUGUAAAAAUGUAUGUAUAUAAUUAUUCAGGUUUGUAUAAUUUUAACUCUGUUUCAUCAUCUUUGUCUAUUUUUUAUUUUUUAUUUUUAACUCCAGAAAUAGAUCUUUUGUUUAAUUGGAUCCAGUUUUAUACAAUUACAUAAACGACCGAUCACUAAAUGCAAUUUUAAUUGUUAUAUUCAUAGGAGAUAAGCGCAUUGUUAUUUAUACAAAGGGUUUAUUAAUUAUAUUAUUUAUAAUAUAUUCCUACAGAGAAUAUUUUUGUUACCGCAAUAAAAUAUCUUGUUAUUCAUGUUAUAUAUAAAACAUGCAUUGUAUUAUAUGUACACGUUAAUUAUGAUGAUAAUAAUUAUUUUUAUAAAUGCUUUUAUAAAUUAAAUAUUACAUUACAUCUCUUCAAAACGAUAUUAGACAAUGUGCAAUAUCGAAUAUUUUUUUGUAUCGCAUUCACCAAAUAUUCAUGUAAGCGAGGGCAACAUGAUUCUAAAUAUUGUACAUAGUAUUUUGUAAGAAUAAGUUAUGUUUGAUAUACAUGUUAAUUUUUAUUGAAAUUUUAAUGUCAUCUACAAAGAUCAGGGUACAAAAUAAUCAUUAUUUCAAAAAUCUAAUACCUUUAGAAAAUGUGCCAAUAUAAAGUAUAUGAUUUUCGUAAAUAAAUUUGUUCUAAUUAUAUUUAGAAUUUUAUUACAAUGGCAAUAUUCUUUACUUUUGCCAGUCGGAUAAGAAAUUUUAGACUUACUAAAUACAUGCACCUUAAUAUUAUGUUCAUUCGUUUAACAUAUAAGAGAUACUUUAGUUAAGUCUUGUUUAUGAAGGACUAAUAUAGACAUGUUUUAAUUCACAUAAUGUUAUUUAAUAUUAAAAUCUGACAUGUUUUUGUUUCUAAAUCAUUCUCUUCAUAUUAAGAUUUCAAUCUUUUAUUCAUAAUUUUGUUAGGUUCUAAUAUUGAAUAACUCUUAAAUUAAAGUAGAAUCAUUUCUCUACAACCAGUGCACAGAAUCUUCAAUUUUAAUAUACAGAUAUUUAUUUGAAAUGAAUGAAAUAUGUACAUCAUUAACAUUUUUUCCAAAUAUCAUCACGACGACAAUAUUGGAGAAAUAUUUUUCUAGAAACUUUAUAAUAAAAAGAUAAUAAUGAAUAUUUAAAAAUUUUUUGUAGUGAAACCAUCAAAUGGUUCUGUGCACAAUAAAUAACAUUCCAUAUAAAAAAUCAAAACUAAUUAUCAAGUUAGUUAACACCUCUGUUAAUGAAGAAAGGAAUGCGACAUUGCAAUGCAAUUUUGUUUUAGAGAAGAAGUACACGUAUUUUUGUUCAUAUAUUCUAUGUACAUUUGGAAUAAAAUUUGUCAUAAAAUUAUUAUUUUGUAAAACAUUUUUAUAAAAUUUGAAAGUUCAUGCCACACGAGGUUGCUUUAAACAAUUGUUAUAUUUAAAAAUAAAAUACAAAUAUAGUGAUAUAGUGAUAUGAAAAUUUAAAAAGUCAGAAGGAGGCACGGUCUUCAAUAAUAGUUUAUUACAAACUGAAAAUUAAAGUUGAUUACAAAUUAUACCACAAGAUUAAAAUAAUUGUGACAAUGAAAUUAAAUAUGACGAUGGUAUGGAAAAAACAAUUUAUAUCAAAAGUAUUUUAUGUAAAAAAAAGAAAAUAACACAAGAACACAAAGUUACUAAUUCCAAAUGGCCCUCGCGACUUCUAUUAAAUUUCAUAUUUAUGACCGGAUAAGCAAUAAAGUAAUUAAUUAAUUAUAGCAAUAUUAUAAGUUGUAACAUCAUUGAUAGACAUAAUGCAAAAUAUAAUGUAUAAAAAUAAAGCUAGAGUUUUUUAUAUAGCAUGUGUAUAUGUUCAUACACAAGUUGUAAAUCAGUAAAAAUGAUAGUACUUUGAUUAGCAAACAAGGAGAUCGAUUAAAUAAAAAGAAAAUUAAUAACA